AGGUGCCGCUAAGGAAUCUGAGAAGUGGCUGCAGGAGAGGAAGCAGAGGAGGCUGACAGGGCGGGAGCCAAGGCGGGCGGAAGGCUGUGGAAAGGCCCCGUCGUCCCACUAACAAUGAAACAGUGGCUUGGCCGGAGGGUGUGGUGGUUUGGAGGCAGACGUGGUGGGCUGAGGGGCAGAAGAGAGGAGGUGCAAGGAGUGCGAGGGCUGGGCUGGCAGUGUCUAGGGGGCAGCUAAAGGCCGUUCCCCAGUGGUGGCAUCUGGUUGGGGGGUGCACUUGACAAAAACCGCCUUCGACGAGUCCUGGAAGCAGGAAAGCGAACUCGCUUCGGAUCCAGGUUUUGUCACUAACUCUGUGACCUCGGAUUAGUCACUCACCGUUUCUGAACCCCGGUUGCUGCACUUGUGAAGCAGGAAUAACAACUCGCCCCUAAGCAGUUUUCGUGAGGCUGUGGCUGGGGGCAUCCGGGGACCAGGUCUGUGGCUUGUUCUGGACUCCGCCCCCUUUUGUUCGAACUCCGCCCCAGACCACUGAACCCACCUCACCUAGUGGCGUCCUCUAGCCAGGCCCUAUAGGCCCUCCACCUCCGGAACACCAGGCCCCGCCCGGCGGUGCCAUUGGCCAAGCCCGGCAGUGGCCACACCCACAAGGCCACGCCCCACUCGCCCAGGCUCCCCACACCUCCGUGUAACUGAGUCCAGAAGGGACGCGCGCCCCAGCUCUCCGCCGACCCCCAGGCCCCGGCCCCGCGUCCAUGGCCGCGCAGGGACCCCGCCCCUCAUGGGCUGCGUUCUGUGGCGGCUGCUGCUACCUCCUCCUGUGUGCCCAGCUCGCUGUGGCUGGUAAAGGAGCUCCAGGCUUUGGGCGGGGAGCCCUGCUUCGCAUGAACAUCUGGCCAGCUGUCGGGGGGGCCUGCAAACAGCUGAAGCUCUGUGAACAUUGUGUGGAGGGGGACAAAGCACACAACCUCUCUGGCUGUGUGUGGGAACAGUGUCGGCCAGAAGAGCCAGGAUAUUGUGUGGCCCAAGCUGAGGUGGUCAAGGAAGGUUGUUCUGUCUACAAUCACUCAGAGUCAUGUCCAGCUGCCCACCACCACCCCACCUAUGAACCAAAGACAGUCACAACAGGGAGUCCCCCAGUCCCCGAAGCCCACAGUCCUGGCUUUGAUGGGGCCAGCUUCAUUGGGGGUGUCGUGCUGGUGCUGAGCCUGCAAAUGGUGGCCUUCUUCAUCUUGCGCUUCCUUAAGGCCAAGGAUAGCACCUACCAGACACUGUGAGUACCUGGCCAGCCAGCAGAGUCCCAGCUCACUGCCCCACCCCACUUCUGCCCCUCGGGUCCCCUUUAGUGCCAGUGUACUGUCUUCUCAAAUGGGCAGCCCUAAGGGCAAUGCCUUCCUCCCAGUGCUCCCAUGUGAACCAAACUCCUCCCUCUUCCAGUGGUGGGGUUCUCUCUGCUGGGUGUUGGCCAUGGCAAGACUCAGCCUGGGCCCAGUGUCUGAGAUCCCAGCUGAGCCCACCUGUCUUUGUCCCUCAUGCUGCCAGCAGGGAGGAGAACCAGUAGGUGAUAACCCAGGAGAGCCUUUGCCUGCAGCUCUGUGGCUGUGGCAGAAUCCUGGGCCAUGUGUGCAGUUUGGUUUUCCUCAGAAAAGGGGAGCUUCUCUGAGGCUCCUGUGUGCCGUGUGUGCUGUGGGGUGGGUCACUGCAGCCUCCAUUACAGUGUUUGCUCCUCCAGCCAUGGCCUGCUCUCUGGAGGUGGCGGUCCUCCGCCUGGCGGAGGCAGGGUCAUGGCUCUGUCUGGCCUCUGCAGAAUCUGACCCCCUUCAAGCCUGGGUUACACACUGACAGGGAAGGUGGAUGAAGAGCCUGCCCUCUUGGCCCCCUUAUAGGCACUGGGGGGUGGGAAAAGCUUUGGCCACCAAUUCUGGCCCUUGGGUGCACUGAGCAGGCUCAGUGCCCUAUACCUGACAUCCCUGCCUGUCUUGGGCCUGAUACCUGCAGCUGAGAGCAUCCUUCAGCCACCUCCCAUCUCGUCGUCAUCCCUGUGGGCCAUCUGCUUGGCACUGGCUCCCCCCGGCAACCUGGCCUGGGCACUGCCCACAAAUAAAGGAACU